UAAAUAAUUACUGUAAGAUUGUAUUUGUAUUACUAACCGACAUGCUCAGUAAGAUAUAACAUAUUUGUGCUUUCAAAAAUUUCCCUGUCAUCCAUUCAAUUCCCUUAUUUCCUUGGUAUUCAGUUAUAAUCAAGAACCAUUUGGAAUGCAUAUGUAUGCAUGAUGCUGAUUUUACAGUUAUUGCGUGAGACAUUCAUAAAUAAAAUCGAUUUAAUUAAUCAAUAAAAACUGCUUCGAGCCGACACGUCAAAUUGAAAUAUUUUCACAAAACAGUUUGCCUAAGUACCCUGUCGGGAAAAUGCUUCGGCACUUUACCAAAAGAGAGAAUUUUGUAUCGCGAUGUUCAAGGAAGAUACAAUUCUUUUCCCUUCUUCACUUUUCUAUAUUUUCGACCAUGUAUAGAUGUGAGUACGAAGCAUUAAAAAAUAGGUCGAUUAAGAAAAACGAAAGUGUAAAUCGGUUUUGUGAUUGAAAGUUUCAACUUUAAACAAUCGAACUCGCGUCAUUAACAAUUAAGAGGUCAUGACUCAACCCGCGAUUAAAACACAGAUGUUUUUUUUUUAGUAUAAACCUUUAUUGUAAUUUCCAUUAUAAUACUAAUUUCCACUUAUUAUAGCAACAAGCAAAAGCAAUUUAGCUGGCUAAUUCGGAUUCACAGAUUACUCCUAAAGAGGAGACUGACACUCCUCGCAGUGGUUCCGAAUAGGUCCGUCUUAAUUGUCUUAUAAUGUGAAUCAAAUAGCAGAUAAAUAUAUAGUCAAAACAAAUAAAACAAGGGGCAGUUACUUCAACUAAACACGAGUAUAAACAGCUUUACAACUCGGAUCAACCGCAAGCCGAACUAGUUUGUUAAUUGCAUUCCUACGUAAUGUUUAUUAUCAAAUUCUGGACAGAAAUAUACCACUUACUAACUGCUUCAGAACAGAAGCAAACCUUAUUAGUUCAAUUUAUAUUUCCUGUAAUCAUUUUAAUCUGUAUUUUGUGUAUUGGCUUAGGGCAGGCUUUCAUGGUAUACCUAUUGGCUACAUAUUACGAGUCCAUAUGUGCACUUAUCGCAUACUAUCUGGUGCAAUCAUUCCGUGACCCGCUGCCCUGGUCCUACUGUCGACCGGAGUGGGGAUCGAAUUGUUUUGAUUCUGCGCCUCAUAGUUGGCUCGAUGGAGCCAAAUUCAUAGACACAGUUCGAACUGGCAAUUGGAGUUUGGUUUACAGUAAUCUAACAAAGGACUAUAAUAAGCGCAUAAUCUCGAGUUCGGAAUUUUAUUUUGUCAAGGAUGUACUGCGCGAGAAGGAUAACAUUGAUGACGGCAUUGGUUUGCCGAACUGGGAACUGGUGUUAGGACUUCUUGUAUCGUGGACAACAAUAUUUUUCGUUGUACACAGAGGUGUGAAAAGUUCAGGCAAAGCUUCAUAUUUUUUGGCUUUAUUUCCCUAUGUAAUCAUGGCUGUGUUAUUGGUGCGCGCAGUCACUUUACCAGGUUCCGCGGACGGCAUAAUCUUCUUUAUAAAACCCGAUUGGAGCAAAAUUCUGGACCCUAAGGUUUGGUAUGCCGCCGUCACUCAGUGCUUUUACUCACUAUCCGUCUGCUUUGGUAACAUAAUCAUGUACGCUUCGUACAACAAGUUUGAUCAUAACAUACAUCGCGACGCAAUGAUUGUCACCACAUUGGAUACGUUCACAUCCCUUAUUUCGGGCUUUACCAUAUUUGGCAUUUUGGGUAAUUUGGCCUAUGAAAUUGGUACGGAUGACAUCGGUACAGUAGUUAAAGGUGGCACCGGACUUGCAUUUAUUUCGUACCCGGAUGCGAUUUCCAAAUUCAAAACGUUGCCGCAAAUAUUUUCAGUAUUGUUCUUCCUGAUGCUCUUCAUUCUUGGCAUCGGCUCAAACAUAGCAAUGACGUCAUGUACCAUAACGGCAAUACGAGACAGCUUUCCCCACAUUAAGCAAUGGCACUGUGCAUUGGCUAUAUCCGUUAUUAGUUUCUUUAUUGGGUUAGCUUAUGUGACACCGGGAGGUCAAUUUAUUUUGACUUUGGUGGACUUCUAUGGCGCUUCUAUGAUCGCACUGAUUUUAGGCAUACUGGAGCUCUAUGUUUUGGGUUGGGUUUAUGGCGUGGAUCGGCUAUGCACGGACAUCGAAUUCAUGAUAGGCCAUAGAGUAGGGAACUAUUGGCGUUGGUGUUGGGCACUCAUCACACCCGGCAUUAUGACAUUGAUUCUGAUUUACUUUUAUGCGACAUAUGAAUCGUUAACCUACAACAAUGUUCACUAUCCAAGCUGGGCAUAUGCAUUAGGUUGGACAAUUACUGCCUUGGGUGUUCUCCAAGUUCCAAUAUGGGCAAUAGUGGCUAUUAUACGCCAACCAGGAAAAAGUUUAACCGAGAAAGUCCAUGGUGCGUUCAGACCCGAAAGUAACUGGGGUCCAUCAGAUCACUUACUUCGCGAACAAUACAACAAAGAUGUGGCACACGGCAACGACUUGAGUAACACAAGUUGCUGGAGUAAAAUCAAGAAGAACUUAACUGGUUAACCAUUUUGAUCAAGUGAUUUUUAAAACAGCGGGUGCUGUUUACGGCUUGCCAAAUUUUAGUAUUAUAGAUAUUAAAAUAAAUGUGAAAACUUAUUAUCUAAAUUUUCUUAAACAUGUACUUACCAUAAUUUAAAAUACUUCGC